AUGUCUGGUGGAGGUAAAGAUAGAAUUGCUAUUUUUCCAUCCCGUAUGGCCCAGACUCUUAUGAAAACCCGUCUUAAGGGUGCUCAAAAAGGUCAUUCACUUUUGAAAAAGAAAGCCGAUGCACUUAAUCUUCGUUUCCGUGAUAUUCUUAAAAAAAUUGUUCGUAAUAAAGUUCUUAUGGGAGAAGUUAUGAAGGAGGCUGCUUUCUCACUGGCUGAGGCUAAAUUUACGGCUGGUGAUUUUUCACAUACUGUCACACAAAAUGUAAAAACACCACAAUAUCGUGUACGUACAAAAAAAGAUAAUGUUGUUGGUGUUAUUUUACCUGUAUUUGAAUGUUAUAAUGAUGGACCUGAUAAUUAUGAUUUAACUGGUUUGGGAAAAGGUGGUGCAAACAUCACCAAAUUAAAGAAAAAUUAUCAAAAAGCUGUUGAAUUGUUAGUUGAAUUGGCUACUCUUCAGACAUGCUUCAUCACUCUUGACGAAGCUAUAAAAGUUACAAAUAGACGUGUUAAUGCUAUUGAGCAUGUUAUAAUUCCAAGAUAUGAAAAUACUUUGUCAUACAUCGUAACUGAACUUGAUGAAAUGGAAAGAGAAGAAUUCUUUAGAAUGAAAAAAAUUCAAGCUAAAAAGAAGAGAGAUCGUGCUGAGGCAGAAGCUGAUGAAAAUGCUGCUAAAAUUGCAAGUGCAGCGAAAUCUAUUGAAGAAAGAAAUAUACUUCAAAGUAACGACGAACAAUUAUUAUUCUAA